GAUAAAGUUGCAAUUUACCAUGGACUUUGACGAUAUGUUGGAAGAGUUGGGCGAGUUGGGCAAAUACCAAAUCACGACAUACCUCCUGGUGUGUCUUCCAGUAUUCUUCGCUGCGGCGAAUAGUCUAAGUUACGUGUUCACGGCGGGAAUCCCAAAUUACAGAUGCUUCAUUCCCGAGUGCGAAGAUGCAGAAAACGCCACUUACGAGGUCCCUUGGCGCGACUUUGCCAUUCCUGGGGGCGACUCCAGCGAAAUACUCGACUCAAAAUCGCACCUCUGUGACAGAUUCGCAAUAAAUAAAACAAUCGCGAAUUACACUUACUGUUCGAGAGAGUUGUUCACGAAUGCGACCGAAACGUGCAACGAGUGGGUGUUUGACACCGAGGAACGGACAAUAGUAAACGAUUGGAACUUGACUUGUGUGGAAAACCAAUGGAAGCUCUCCUUCGUGGGGACGAGUCACUUCGCCGGGAUUAUCGUGGGAUCGGGAUUAUUUGGGAUUUUAGCCGAUAGGUAUGGACGCAAGAGGAUUUUUAUUAUUUGUAUUCUUAUCAUGAGUGUGUCAGGAUGUGCCCAAGUUGUCUCCCCCGAAUAUAUCACUUUUGUUGUUUUAAUGUUUGUCAACGCAAUGGGGACGGCCGGAGUCUACCCCUUGGCUUUCAUUAUCGGUGUCGAAAUGGUGGGCAAAAGGAAGCGGGAAAUCACCGGAAUUGUGUUAAACUAUUUUUACGCUGUGGGUGAAGCUGUGGUCGCGCUUGUCGCGUGGUACACCAAAGACUGGGUUUUGUUACAGCUCAUUGUGUCUAGUCCGUCGAUUUUAUUUUUCAUAUAUUACUGGUUUAUACCAGAGUCCGUUCGAUGGCUUCUCGCCAACGAAAAACGCGAAAAAGCCAAAGGAAUCGUUUGCAAAGCGGCUAAAGUAAAUAAUGUUACUUUAUCCGAGUCGUUACUAGCCUCCUUUAAAACAGACUCGAAUGACGGUGGCAGCGAAGAUGAGGGAACGAAAAUUUUAUUCGUGCUGAAAACGCUCCUGAAAUCGCGUAAACUCGUAAUUCGGAUGUUGAUUACUUACUUCAUUUGGUCUGUGAACGCGUUUGUUUUCUACGGCUUAUCAGUGAAUUCGACGAGCAUGAGCGGGAAUAAAUACAUCAAUUUCGCUUUAGUUAGUUUGGUGGAAAUCCCCGGAUACACAAUUGCCUGGGUCAGCAUCCAGAAAAUUGGGCGGAGGUUGUCCCUUGUUGGGUCUUUGCUUUUGUGUGGUUUGACUUGUACCUUGACCAUCUUCGUACCUCCGGAUAUGACUUGGGCUGUUGUUCUGCUGUUUCUGAUUGGGAAGUUGGGGAUCACGGCCGCCUUCGGGGUUGUGUACGUCCACACAGCCGAGAUGUUGCCCACAGCGGUGCGGAGCGGCGGCGUGGGGUCUGCGUCGACCAUGGCGCGGUUCGGGGCCCUUUUGGCCCCCUUUGUGCCCAUGCUGGGGAUUUACGUCAAACCAUUGCCCAUGCUGCUGUUCGGGGGGGUUGCUGUGGCGGCGGGCGUCCUCGCGUUGAAGCUACCUGAAACUCUCGGAAAUAAAUUACCUGAAAGUGUAGAUGAGGCUGAGAAUUUGUAAAUAAAUUUUUAUUUUAUCACAACGUUGAA